AUGAUGGAGCAGAAGGAAUCCUAUUUCCAGUACCAGAAUAUGCCAAUAGCUCCAGGUCAAGAUAUAUCAGCCUACAACUCUGGCGCAUACCCCGGCACGCCCGUGGCAGCAUACACACCAGAUCCUAUGGCGGUGCCUGAGCUGGGUGCGGUGCCAAAUCCAAGCCAGCCUGUUCCGUCAUGGAACGAACCCAUUUAUGAAAACCAGGUUCCCGGAAUGGUUCUGAGACCUCCCCCAGGGAUGGUGCAACCAGGAACAGUUCAUCCAUCCACGGGCGCAAUGGCGGUUACGCAAGAUCCCACAGGAAUCCUCCCGGUCAACAUGUCCUCCGCUGCUGGAUUUGGCGGCCCUCACGAUACCACAGCAUGGGGAGGCCAGAUAUCGAGAUCUAUGAGCUUGUCCGCGAGAUCGGGCGUGCCAUCACCUAUUCCGCAACCAUAUCCAAGCCAGUUCCAUCCCUCACAGCAGAUCAGCCCUGAAUUUAAACGUCGAAUGACUACUCCCGCCGAAACAUACUCUACCACCAUGGGCCAUGCCCAUGCCAUACCUCAGCUCUCAUCUACACCCAUUCCAGUGUCCUUUGACGAAAGCCAGAUACCAUUCACAACAUACAACAUGCCCGGAGUCAUACCAGAAGCUAUACGGCACCCGGGUCAGGUUAUUGUUGGCUCUGCAGCAGACCCGAUGUCGCUCUCGGAGUGGUACUCGCCAGAUUCACUGCAGGCACACCAGCAGGCCUUCAUACCCGACCAUCAAAACCUGAUGCAUCGCCCUCCGGGUUGA